AUGAGAGUUAGAAAGCGUACCUCAAAGAGAACUUCCACUCGGAUGAAGGAAGGUAUUAAAAAGAAAGCUGCUGCCCAACAUAGAAAGGAAAGAAAAUUAGCAAAGAAAGAUAUUACUUGGAGGUCUAGAUCCAAAAAGGAUCCUGGUAUCCCAUCUAACUUUCCAUAUAAAACCGAAAUUUUAGAAGCUAUUGAAGCUAAGAAAAUGAAUGAUUUACACGAGAAAGAAUUGGCAAAACAGAAAAGAUUAGAAGCUAAGCAGCAAGCCAUUGCAAAUGGUAUGGAUCAAGAUACUAUGAUGGAUGAUGAUGAGGAAGAUGACGGACAAAAUGGGUUAGCAGCAUUAGUUGAAUCUGCACAACAGGCUGCAGAAAAUUACAACGAAGCAAAUAAUGCUCAAAGCCAACAAAAUGUUGAUGUAACCGAAUAUAAUAUUGAUUUCUAUUCUGAUUCCAAUGAAGAUGCUUCUGAACUUGAAAAAUCAAGAAAAGCUUAUGAUAAGAUUUUCAAAACUGUUGUUGAUGCUUCCGAUGUAAUUUUAUACAUCCUAGAUGCUAGAGAUCCAGAAGGGACAAGAUCAAGAAAAGUUGAAGAAGCUGUCUUACAAAGCCAAGGAAAAAGAUUAAUAUUAAUCGUAAAUAAGGUUGAUUUAGUUCCACCUUAUGUUCUAGAGCAAUGGCUGAAUGUAUUAAAAUCUAGUUUCCCUACUAUUCCAUUAAGGGCUGCCCCAGGUGCCACAAAUUCAUCAUCAUUCAACAAAAAGUUAACUCAAACUGCAACUGCUAGUGCUUUACUAGAUGCUCUUAAAACAUAUUCUAAUAAUAGUAAUUUGAAGAGAUCUAUAGUCGUAGGUGUUAUUGGCUAUCCAAAUGUUGGUAAAUCAUCUGUUAUCAAUGCACUAACAUCAUGCCGGGGUGGUUCAUCAAGGGUUUGCCCGGUAGGUAAUCAGGCUGGUGUAACUACUUCUCUAAGAGAAGUAAAAAUUGAUAGUAAAUUAAAAAUUUUAGAUUCACCAGGUAUUUGUUUCCCAUCUGAGUCCACUAGCAAAUCUAAAACUCAACAAGAAGCAGAAUUAGCUUUACUUAAUGCUAUACCACCUAAAUAUAUUAUUGAUCCAUAUCCAUCGAUACUAAUGUUGGUUAAGAGAAUUGCUAAUUCUGACGAAAUGACCAACAGCUUUAAAACGUUGUACGAUUUACCUCCUAUUCCAGCAAAUGAUCCUGAGACUUUCACUAAGCAUUUCUUAAUCCAUGUUGCCCGUAAAAGAGGUAGAUUAGGUAAGGGUGGUGUUCCAAACUUAGCAAGUGCAGGUAUGUCAGUCUUGAAUGAUUGGAGGGAUGGUAAGAUUUUAGGCUGGGUUUUACCAAAAGCUUCUAGAGAUACUGAUGAAAAGACUGAAGAUAAAAAAUUAACCGCGUCUUCUAAUGCUAAAACACCAGCUAAAACAGAACAAUCCGUGAUAGUUUCUACCUGGUCGAAAGAAUUCGAUCUGGAUGGCCUUUUCUCUUCUCUUGAUAAUGCUAUUUCUGCUCAAAAAGAAGAAGAUGCUGAGAUGCAAUAA